CCAGACUCUGCCUUCCCUCAAGAUGACCUCAAAUUUCUUCAGCACAAGUUCUUAAUCCAGACCAUCAUUUUCAGCCGCUGUUCGGACAAGGCACCUACUGUUCGCAGCAAAGCCCUUUCCUGCCUGGCACAGUUCCUAGAGAAGAAUGCUGUUUCUGAAGGGGUCCAAGAACUCCUGCAAGGCUCUUCUAGUCAUACCCGAAAAACUAUCGGUGUCAUGCGGCCCUCUGAAGUAUCUGAGGCCAGUGACCAGCAAGGGACUGAUGGUAGUUGCCGGGCAAUGUCUGGAACCAAUGACCAAUGGAGUCUAGUGAAUGGUACAGAGGCCUCUAACCAUACCCGAAAAACAUGUGUCUUGCGGACCAUUGAAGUAUUAGAGGCUAGUGACCAGCUGGGAGCUGAU